AUGAUUAGUAAUAUUAUUGAUGCAGAAAAAUUAAAUGAUGAUGUUGAUGAAAAAACGGCUGAUGAUGAAGAUAAAACUGAAGUUCUGGUUACUGUCGAAAAUUUACCAUCGAAAUCAAUGGUACAACAAAAUAAAAAGAAACGGAAUAAAGGCGUUUUCAAUAAAGAAUGGUUAAAAAUUGCCAAAUAUCAACGAUAUUUAAAAGAUUCAUGGACAUCCUUUUUUACUGUUUUAGGAAUAAUUGAUUUAAUUGAUGAUGCUGAUGAAUCAGCAAUUAAAAUUUUUGCGAAUGCACGUCAAUUCCUUUUGGAUAAUGGUUUAGAUAUGCAUGGAUUAACAGUAUUAGGAGCUGAUAACACGAACGUCAAUGUGGGUCAUAAUCAUUCAGUUUAUUCAUUAUUUAAAGAUGAAGUACCUGAUAUUCUGAAAGGCAAUUGUUACAAUCAUAUAUUACACAAUUCUGUUAAACAUGCUCAUCUUGUGUUGACAAUUGAUAUUGAACAAAUAUUACUUUCUAUAUAUUCUCAUUUUUCACGUUCUGCAAAGCGAGUAAAUGAACUACAACAAUAUUAUGAAUUCUAUGAACAAGAUUUUAAAAACGAAAAUAUUGAAGCUUUAACAUGGAAUCAAGUUAUUCAAUUUGUUGAUAUGUUAAAAAUAAAAGACUUGAAUGAAGAUUGUUUAUUCGAUGAAUUUACAAACAUAAAAUUAAUAUUUAAAACUAUAUCAGAUCAAAGUGUUCCAAUUUUUAAUCAAGUUCAAGCAUUUAGAAGUCGUAUGACAACAGAACUUAUAUCAGCUGAAUUAAAAAUACGUUUAAAUUCAACUUUAUCAUGUACUGAAUUAUAUAAAUAUAUAUUAAGUAGUGAAUAUUUAUUACGAGCUAUUAAAUCAAAUGAAAAGUAUACAUUCAAAAGAAAAUGUGUUCAAUAA